AUGGACCUGAGCGAAGGAUCUAGACGCAGCGAACGCAUCCGCAUUCAUCGCAACCGAACGCGUAGUUUUGAGUCCACUCCGCCACCUGAAAGAGCUCGAGUGCUAUUUUUUCUGGAUGCAAGACCCGCUUCAUCGCGCAGAAGGACGACCAGACGCUCCAUGGGCCACCUCCAUAUACUUUCUGGUCCGGCCUUUGCAAACCGCACCCUCUUCCUGCCGAUGGAUCUGUCCAGCCCCUUUUCCAUGGUCCAGUCGGUGUUGUUGCCAGGACCAAGACCGCUGACGCCUGCGCCUGCUUAUCCCCAACGGAUCCGGUACUCCUCCGUAUCUCGUUGGGAUCCCCCGUUCCUGCGUCAAUUUCAGGGCCGGAACUUGGAGUAUGGUCAUGAGGUCAGGGGAGUCCUACUACUGGCCCUGAUCGUGAACCCUUCGCUGGAGAACCUUAUGCGCCUAAAUCCCACCAGAGGAAUGUCCCUGCUCCUGGACAUUGCCGCCUACUUUCUCCAAUAA